AUGGAGGCAACACCAUGCUAUUGUAGGAGAAUGGGGAAACUGCGGACUACUUGGACUGCUACAAACCCAGGAAGAAGGUUUAUUGGGUGUGAGAGAUGUGAGGAAGCUGGAGGCUGUGGAUUUUUUGUUUGGUAUGAUCCUCCAAUGUACGAUAAAUCGAAGCAUGUGAUACUUGGACUUUUGCAAUCUCUCCGAAGACACGAUGAGCAACAACGACUGUCAAAAAAGAGGGAGAAAAUCAUAUGGGUUGCUUUGUUUUGUUCAUGGACAAUUUUCAUUCUCACUUGGGUGUUGUAUUUCAUGUAA